AUGAAAAACAGAAGCCAUAGAUUCUUGACCAAUCAAGCCAUGGAAAAAGAGAGAUUCGUCCCCUCCAGAGAGAACCCUAGAGAUUUAGGGUUUCUACCAGAACGUGGGACGGGCACCAACAGCAAUAUCAACAACAUCAAAGGCAUGCCCAAUGACAUUAUCCAGAAGCCUCUUCCCCCAAUUCUCGAUCGGUUUAGGGCUCUUUUGAGGGAGAGGGAAGAGGAGUUGAGGGUAUCCGACGAUGAUGAUGUUCCGGCGCUGAGCGCUGAAGAGAUUGUUCGACUUUACGAAGUCGUUUUAUCAGAGCUUACUUUCAAUUCCAAGCCUCUUAUAACCGAGCUAACGAUAAUCGCCGGAGAUCAGAGGGAGUACGGCGAGGGAAUUGCUGCUGCAAUUUGCGCCCGGAUUCUCGAGGCGCCUGUCGACCAAAAGUUGCCUUCUUUGUAUCUUCUUGAUAGUAUUGUUAAGAACAUUGGCCGUGAAUAUGCGAGGUAUUUUGCUUCCCAUCUCCCUGAGGUCUUCUGUGAGGCGUACAGGCAAGUUCACUCUAACCUGCAUCCACCCAUGCGUCACCUCUUUGGCACCUGGUCAGCAGUGUUCCCACCUUCAGUGCUUCGCAAAAUUGAGGCAGAACUAAAAUUUUCUUCUUCUGUAAACCAUCCGUCAUCUGGCUUGACGGUUAUGAAAUCAUCUGAAUCUCCAUUUGCUCGACCAACUCAUGGAAUACAUGUGAAUCCAAAGUAUUUGGAGGCAAGACAUCAAUUUGAACAUUCAACUGUGAUGCAUGAAACAAAUUGCAGUCAUAAUGCUGUACAUAUGACAGCCUUUGGAGGAGAAAGACUGGAGAGAAGUACUUCAACAAGCCCAACAGGAUGGUGUGGAGGUUCUCCAAAAUUCCAUGAUGUUCAACAUGCUAGGGGGGGUUCAUCAAGUUUACAGACUUAUGGUCAGAAAUCUGCCAUUGGGUAUAAUGAAUAUGAUAUUGAUAAUUCUGAUGUCUUGGGAGCCCCAAAACUAGGAUCACCUGUGGGUUCUGCCCGUGAAUCAUCUGUCAGUGGAGUAGAAAGACCACACCCUUCAAAAACUAGACUUAUAAGGCCCUCUUCUCCUUCAAGAAUAGGGCUCCCUAGGUCUUCAUCACCACCAGCUGAUGGGUUCAGAACUGAUAAUUCUCCAGGAAGGGUUGUUGAAAGGGACUCUCCAUCUCGUUCUGGAUUUGAUUCCAGGCUUGGCAGAGCAAUUGAUGGUGAUGGUGAUGGGGGUGGGGAUGGGGAGAGGACUGACUGGUGGAAAUUCUGGUCCAAUGACAACCAUCAGCAUGUGGAAAAUUCUAGUGCAAACCUCAGUAAUGGAUCUGAUCGGCAAAGGCCAAGAGCUCUGAUUGAUGCUUAUGGAAAUUGCAAAGGUAAAAAGGGGCAGACAGAGAAGCCUAUAAAGGUUGACCGGCUGGAUGUGAAUGGCAUUAAUAGUGAGACAGCUACAAGAUGGCAGAAUACUGACGAAGAAGAGUUUGUUUGGGAAGAUAUGAGCCCGACUUUAGCAGACCGUAGGAGUAAUGAUCCGAUAGCACCGAAUCCUCCUCUUGAUCGCUUCAAUGGAAGAGCUAGUUUGGGAAGAUCAGGUGCUGCAAGUUUGGAACACGAUUUCAGAAAGGGUAAUUGGCCUAGUCAGAGUCAGCUUGCAAUGGAUGACACUACUGAAGAUGGGGUUUCCAUCCUUGGUUUUAGACAUGGAUCUAUGAUUAAGAAUUCUCCGAGUGGUCCAGGAACUCAAAAUGAAACCACUCACGUUCCAAGUUCUCACUAUACUCAGGAACCUUGGAUUUUACCACAUCACUACCCUCAGUCCUCACAACAGAACCUGGACCUCAACAAAAGAGCAAGAACUGGUCAGCUGUCCUAUCCAGCAGGUGGAAUGGCUAUAUCAGCUGGUCAGAAACUGGCUCGUCAGAUUGAAAAUUUUCCAGAUAGUGAUGCACAACAUCAAAGAUUCUCUAGUGAUGGAUCGAGAAUUGGUUCUUCAAGCCCAAAUUCUUUGAUUGUUGAGCCUGUGUCACCUAUGAUGCCAAUGUUGACGCUGGAGAAGUAUCUGGGACUAGGACCUCACUCAUCUCCCUUGGCUCAACUUCCUUGGCCUCCAGUUAAUGUGCAUAGAUCUCAACCACUUCCUUUGCCCCCCAUUCUUUCACAACAGAAACAAAUUAGAAGUCCAUUUUACACAAUGGAUGUUAACAAGCCAAUUAUGAAUCAGGUUCCAAGUAAAUCUUCUGUGUUGCAUGGACAGCGGUUGGAUGCUUCUGAAAGGAAAGCUCAGAGUUCAAGUAAGCUGAUGCCAUUGCCUAAUCAACAGAUUGGGCUGAUUUCAUUGAAUCAGAGAAACCAGGGACAAGCUGCCCAUCUACAGAGACAAUUAUUUCAGUCUAAGGAUGCACAAGAAAAUUACAUUCCCUUUGCUGCUCCUGAGUUCUCAUCUCAUUUAAUGGCACGAUCUUUGAAUCAGGGACACAUUCCACAAGGGCAUGGACCUAUUAUGAAUUCAAUUUUGUCCAAUCCAACAUCUGGGUUUCGUCCCUCCUCUGUAACUCUACCUAGUAUAUCCAACAACUCCUUCCACUUGCAGGGUGGAGCCUUGCCUCCUUUACCUCCCGGCCCCCCUCCUGCCUCAUCACAAAUGGGAACCUUGCCACAAAAUUUGGGCCCCAUUUCAACGCAGCCGCCGACUGGAAGUGCAUUUUCUGGUCUCAUAAGUUCUCUUAUGGCUCAGGGGUUGAUUUCAAUGACAUCAUCAGCUUCAAUAGAGGAUUCUGUUGGGGUUGACUUCAACCCGGAUCUUCUCAAGGUCCGGUAUGAAUCUGCAAUAAAGGCUUUAUAUGCUGAUCUUCCAAGACAGUGCACAGCAUGUGGUUUACGUUUCAAAUGCCAAGAGGAACACAGUAGUCACAUGGAUUGGCAUGUGACCAGGAAUCGGAUAUCUAAGAACCGUAAGCAGAAACCCUCUCGCAAGUGGUUUGUGAGUACUAGUGUGUGGCUCAGUGGUGCAGAGGCAGUGGGAACUGAUGCAGUUCCUGGGUUUUUGCCCACUGAAGUGGUUGCAGAAAAAAGGGAUGAUGAAGAAAUGGCUGUUCCUGCCGAUGAGAAUCAGAAUGUGUGUGCAUUAUGUGGAGAGCCUUUUGAUGAUUUUUACAGCGAUGAGACUGAGGAAUGGAUGUAUAAAGGAGCCGUCUAUUUGAAUGCACCUGAUGGAUUAACAGCAGGUAUAGAUAUAUCUCAGCUGGGUCCUAUUGUUCAUGCGAAGUGCAGAUCAGAGUCUACAGUAGCUGCUCCUGAAGAUUUUGUACUAGAUGAAGGGGGUGACAAGGGUAAUCAAAGAAAAAAGAUGCGGAGUUAGAAUACUGGCCUUGAUAUAAUCUGUAAAUUAUCUCGAGUUUCUUUAUGGUUAUGGUAUGCUCAACUAAUUUUCACCUUUUCUGUGGAGCCGGCAUACCAUGGCCUCAUGCCAGAAUGAUGUAUAUGUAAAGUUGAACUUUGUACCAUGCAUAAUCUCUUGCAGCAAAAGCUUACAAAAGUUUCUUCCCAAAA